CCUCCUCCUUCUCCUCGCCCCGCCUUUUCCCUCCCUUCUCUUCAACCCGUCUAGUUCCUUCCCUGCCUCGCCACCUUCCACGAUCUCGCGAGACUUGACCCAGAACAUUGCGGAUCGGGUCGGCGCCAUUUUGGGACUGAGACUGGUUGUGGGGGAGGGAAAAGCGGCAAAAGGGGAUUAUUCAAAGUACCGAAAACCUUCUCUCGGGAUCGAGCGCAGCGGCACCCCCAGGCCAGGGGCACCUCUGGUGUGGCAGAAGGUGAUUGAAUUACCCGUUUGUGAAGAUCAUCUUCUAGGUUUUGUGUUAAAAGGCCCCGGAUAUUUGAAGUGGCCAUUUUGGGAUUACAAUAUCUUUGGAUAAUUUUGCCCCAGAAGUUUAUUAAAAGUGGCAAGAAUCAUCUCUGAAGUGAAUUUAUAGUAGUGAACAGUUCUGCAAGCUACUUAAAGAGACCCAGUCAUUUCUUCAGUAUUUUGGUUCAAACGGAUUAUAUAACUGGUUAAAUUAUUUCAGCUGGUGGUAUUUUUUUUUUUUUUUUGCCCCUUCCCCCCACCCUUCUCCUGUAGUUGGUGUUCUUCAGCCAAAACUAUAAGAUAUGUUUGAUUUGUGUACUAAGUAGUUUCGGCGGUUUCAAAUUACAGUUUAAGUACUGCUGAAGUUUCAUGGCAUUUUAUUUUUACCUUUAUUAAAAGUUUUAGGAAUUUUUGACCUCAGCUAUUUUCAUGUCACAAUGGGACAGCUUUUCUAAAUGAAGACGUUGAAAGAAUACAGAGUUUUUUUCCUUUUAUCUUUUAUUUACGUGGAAAUUUAAGAUGUUGCAGUUUUCCAGCAGCAUGGUAGUAUUGAGAUAGCUAUGUGUCUCUCUUUGUGCUGAUGUUUAGGAAUGUUCUUCAGAUGUGAAAUUUUCUUUUUGUUUUUGCUUUUUGGCUCAUAAAUUGGAUAUUUCAUCUGGAGUGGAUAAGUACAACAGUGACAAGUACAUGGAAUAAUAAAGAAGACUUUAAAAUCUUAAAUCCAAGGAACUUGGCUAAUUCUGGAGAUAGCCGUAUGAAAACUUUAAGACAGAAGUAUGGGUAGCUGACUUGAAGUAACUCUAUGUCAAAUAGUCAUAGGUUAAGUAUCUUCAAAGAACUUGGAUAUUAUUUCAGAGGAUACAAAAUAAAAAAACAAACUGGAAAACAUAAAGAUUACAGAGAAAAACCCAACACCUUCCUGUGCGGUCCUGUUGGAAUUUGGACUUGCCAUGAGGUGUUGAAGCCUUGUUUCACUGAGUUGGAGAGACUGGACCUAAAUGGCGCAGCAUGACUUUGCUCCAGCCUGGCUUAAUUUUCCUACUCCACCAUCAUCAACAAAGUCGUCACUGAAUUUUGAGAAGCAUUCUGAAAAUUUUUCAUGGACAGAAAAUCGUUACGAUGUGAAUCGUCGACGACACAACUCUUCAGAUGGCUUUGAUUCUGGUAUUGGACGUCCUAAUGGAGGUAACUUUGGAAGGAAAGAAAAAAAUGGAUGGCGGAUGCAUGGAAGAAAUGGUACUGAAAACAUAAAUCAUCGAGGGGGAUACCAUGGUGGAAGUUCUCGUUCUCGUAGCAGUAUUUACCAUUCUGGGAAAAGCCAAGGACUACAUGAAAACAGCAUACCUGACAAUGAAGCAGGGAGGAAAGAAGACAAGAGAGAACGCAAACAGUUUGAGGCUGAGGAUUUUCCAUCUUUAAAUCCUGAAUAUGAAAGAGAACCAAAUCAGAAUAAAUCAUUAGCUGCAGGUGUAUGGGGCCUACACGCCCAGACACACACAUACCCAACCAAAAAAAUCUCCCAAGCUCCUCUCUUAGAAUAUCCUCCGAAUCCUAAAUCUAGAGCUCCAAGGAUGCUGGUCAUUAAGAAAGGUAAUACAAAAGACUUACAGCUAUCUGGAUUCCCAGUGGUAGGAAAUCUUCAGUCACAACCAGUUAAGAACGGGACUGGUCCAAGUGUUUAUAAAGGCUUAGUCCCUAAACCUGCUGCUCCACCUACAAAACCUACUCAAUGGAAAAGCCAAACUAAAGAAAAUAAAGUUGGGACUUCUUUCCCUCAUGAGUCUACAUAUGGUGUUGGCAACUUCAAUGCUUUUAAAUCAACUGCCAAGAAUUUUAGCCCAUCUACAACUUCAGUGAAAGAGUGUAAUCGCUCAAAUUCCUCUUCACCUGUUGACAAACUUAAUCAGCAACCUCGUCUAACCAAACUGACACGUAUGCGCACUGAUAAGAAGAGUGAAUUUUUGAAAGCAUUGAAAAGGGAUAGAGUAGAAGAGGAACAUGAAGAUGAAAGUCAUGCUGGCUCAGAGAAGGAUGACGACUCAUUUAAUUUGCAUAACAGCAAUAGUACUCACCAAGAAAGGGAUAUAAACCGAAACUUCGAUGAAAAUGAAAUUCCACAAGAAAAUGGCAAUGCCUCAGUAAUCUCCCAGCAGAUCAUUCGGUCUUCAACCUUCCCACAAACUGAUGUUCUUUCAAGUUCGCUUGAGGCAGAACACAGAUUAUUAAAGGAGAUGGGCUGGCAAGAAGACAGUGAAAAUGAUGAAACGUGUGCUCCCUUAACUGAGGAUGAAAUGAGAGAAUUCCAAGUUAUUAGUGAACAGUUACAGAAGAAUGGUCUGAGGAAAAAUGGUAUUUUGAAAAAUGGCCUGAUCUGUGACUUCAAGUUUGGACCCUGGAAAAACAGCACUUUCAAACCCACUAUUGAGAAUGAUGACACAGAGACAAGUAGCAGUGACACAUCAGAUGAUGACGAUGUGUGAAGGAUUUCCUAACAGCUUUAGAAAUUUUAGUGUGAUACAUCUCUCAUGCAGUUUGGGGUGAAUUGUAAAAAUGAAGAACUAUAAUUUAUGUAGUAAAAUACCCCAUUAGAAGAUGAUUUUUUUGAGGGACUUCACUAUGAAGAAAACCAAGAAUGUUGUGUUGGGCUGUGUUGAACAUUAUUUCUUUGUAAAUGAAUGUUGUAGAAAUGAGGACUUUGGUUGAUCCAACAUUGACUAUCUUCAUCACUGCAGCAUUUCUCUGACUAGCAAUGUGACGAUGUAACAAAUGAGAUUUUCUCAUUUAAUAAUAAAAAAUUGUGUAAUGUUUUGCAAA